AUGCUAACACAAUUAACAUGCGUAAAUAAUGUAGCAAUAUCUAUAUUCAUUCGGAAUGAUAACGCUCAAUUAGAGGUGAUAACAUGUCUUUUGGCCUUCACGGCAUCUUCUAAAGCAGACGGUUUGGGCGGUCUCGUUUAUGCUCCAGGACAUGCCUCUGCUGACUAUUAUACGUAUCCGAAAUAUGCGUUCGAAUACGCAGUAAAAGAUCCUCACACUGGUGACAAUAAAGCACAAUGGGAAAAAAGAGACGGCGAUGUCGUAAAAGGUGCCUAUUCACUCGUGGAACCUGACGGCAGUCUGAGAGUAGUGGAGUAUUAUGCUGAUGACAAGUCUGGCUUUAACGCAGUCGUCAAACGAGUCGGUCCGAAUCUUCAUCCGACUGUUGUACCUGCAGCACCCAUAUACAAAGCGCCCAUACCGGUUCUGGCGAAUCCCGGACCAAUUGCUCCAAUUUCAAUCGGACCGGUAGCUAAAUACACGGGAUUAGCGAGUGCCCCGCUCAUCACUGGCCCGGUCUUAGGUGGAGCAGUGUCUUCUGUCAAUCUAUACAAAGACACAUCGCCUGUAAUUGUGAAGUCUAUCUUGCCUGCUCCUGCAACCCCGAUACUGCCAGCGCCUAUAGCUCACGCUCAAAUACUUCCAUCGCCUAUUGUUCCCGCAUCGAUAGUUAAACUCCCUAUUGCCCCAGCACCUUACAUUCCUUCACCAAUAAUUAAAACCUCUCCGUAUCUUAGCGCGCCAAGUCCGAUCAUCUCGCCAUUAGGAGGAUGGGGCGGUUUGACGGCGGCACCACUGGCAGCUCAAGGGCACUUGGCAGAACUCGGCCAAGGUUUGCUCUACAAAGGUUCUCUGCUACCAUACGCAAAGUUGGGAAGUCUAGACUACGACCACUAA